AUAAUAAGAAGAAUUUAUUUGUCUGAUCAUGAAUAACAUAUUGGGUCACUGUUUGUUUAACAUCCAUUCCUUAAACAGGUUUUAAGAAGAUGUCAUAUCUAAUAAUCUUUUGCAUUUUGUUACCUAUAUUACAUAUGCGUGGAAAUACAUGCUUCGCAGGAUUAGUUUUAUCAGGAAAGGAUCAUGUUGAAGAGUUUCAAGACUACAAACUAAUUGAACCUAAAAUUUACGAUGUCAGAGAAAAAAAACAAAUUGCCGAGACUAAGCAGGAUGAAACCAAUCAUUGUCUUUAUAAUGGAACAAUGGAAGGAAACUUCGAUUCCUGGGUGGCAAUCUCAACGUGCAAUGGACUUAAGCAUCGAAUAGCAGAUAUUAAAAAUGAACAAAUCCAUUUACCCUAUAACGCCAACAAUGAAUCCAGAUACAUAGAACUUAUAUUAGUCGUGGACCACGGAAUAUUUAGGAAAAUGGAUGAAAGUAAAGAAAAUGUUAUAAAGUUCUGCAAAGAUAUUUCUAAUAUUGUUAAUUCGCGUUAUGCCCCACUCAAUAUUUUCAUAGCCCUCGUGGGGGUGGUAAUAUGGACUGAACAUGAUGAGAUAGAAUUGUCAGAAAAUGGUGAUGCAACUCUUGAAAGAUUUUUGAAAUACAGAAGAAACCAUUUAAAUCCUACUCACCCUAAUGAUAACGCGCAGUUAUUAACAAUAAAGCAUUUCAAAGAUGGUGUAGUCAGUAAAUCGUUGAAAGGGCCAAUAUGCACUUAUGAGUAUUCCGGCGGCGUAAAUACGUAUUAUACGUCAAAUACUGGGUCAGUUGCAUUAUCAGUUGCACAUUCGCUAGGACAUAAUUUAGGUAUGGAACACGAUCAGGAAGAUUGCAAAUGUCCUGAUAACAAGUGCAUAAUGUCAACUUCAAUAACUUCAGGAGUUCCAACUCAGUGGUCCACGUGCAGCGUCGAAUAUGUCAAGUCAGCAUUUGGAAGGGGUAUGGAUCACUGUCUGAAAAAUAAACCGGAAUUCCUUUUUGACGGGCCACUGUGCGGAAAUGGGUAUGUGGAACCUGGAGAAGAUUGUGAUUGUGGCCUGCAAAGUAUGUGCAACAACAGUUGUUGCGACUUUAAUACUUGUAAAUUCAAAUCAAAUGCUACAUGUGCAAAUGGAGAAUGUUGUGAUAUAAAUAAUUGCCACCUGAAAACGGCAGGAGUUCUUUGUCGAUCAGCUAAUCAAGAAUGUGAUUUGCCAGAGUAUUGUACUGGCCAAUCAGAGUAUUGUCCUAAAAAUGUUUACAAGAUGAAUAUGGAACCAUGCUUUGAGGGUAAAUCAGUUUGCUAUAAUGGCGCUUGCAAUACUAGGGAUGCUCAAUGCAAAUUAUUAUGGGGUAAUGAAACUGAGAGCAGUGAUGAAUCUUGUGACGAUUUGAAUACUAAAGGCAAUAGGCACGGGAAUUGUGGCUAUAACAAAUUAAACAGUACAUAUUAUAAAUGCACAGAAGAAAAUAUCCAUUGUGGCAUUUUGAAUUGUGAUACUACUGGUGAGAAACUCGAGUUUGGAAUGGAAGCAGUUUCUAUUAUUACACAUAAGUUCAAAUACGUAGGGGGGAUUAUUAUGAAAUGUCAAACUGUUAUUGUAGAUUUGGGACUCCAACAAGUCGACCCUGGAUUGACCCCUGAUGGUGUAAAAUGUGGCCAGGAUAAAAUUUGUGUUGAUCAAAAAUGUAGAAGUCUUGAGGAACUACGGAGGGAACUAAACUCUUGUCCCAAUAAUUGCAGUGGUAACGGUUGGUGCAACAGCGAAGGCUAUUGCCAUUGUAAAGUGGGAUUUGCAUCUCCUGAUUGCAGUCAAGCUUACAGGACUAGUUCACCCGCAUCUUAGUUGAAUGCUGGCAUUUUCUACCUACAUUUAGGAAUAAUGGAUAUCAAUCAAGCUGAUAUUAAAUCUCCCAUUAGUUACAUACUAAUAUUUAAUUAAGUUUUAUAUUUUAAAAAUAUUUUAUUAAAAAAGAAAUAUAAACAAAACAGUAACAUUGGAUUAAUUUAUUAAAACAGAUCGUAUAUGCUCACUUUAAAACAAUAAAAUUACAUAGUGACAAUUCGCCUUAAAUCUUAUUUAACAAUACUAUUUGGCAUGUAAACUUUUCUUUUCCUAAUUAAUUGACCAUGAAACUUCAGGAUAAUUGAAUUUUUGGCUAAACAAAAUAUAGGUUUAGUUGUCGACAACGACAUUCCAUAUUCCUAUCAAAAAGUCAAUUUUUGUGUGGGCAUAUUCGGACUACUGAAUAUGGAACGAGUCCGACCCGGGCUGCUGCCGAAUUCCACGCUCGCCACGCCUUUGACAAGUUUGUAUCGACUUUUUUUAAUAAUAUGCAAUAUUGUUGGAGGGAACUUAUACAUUGAAAUUAUGUAUUGCUAAGGAAAAAAACCAAGCUAAAUAAUAAUAUCUAAAUAAAUAGGACCAAUUUUAUGAUGAAACCAAAAAAAAUCAGGCCAUUGAAUUAAAAAGUGAUUAUUAAGUUACACAAUAAAAAUCUGUUUCCAGCAUUAAGCCCUGAUUUCAAUGUUUUCCCAUAAAAUAUAUGAAUAAAUAUAUUUACAUUUCACAGCUAUCAAAAUAUCUCAGACUUUGGGCAUUUUUAAAUUAGCUAUGACUGCAUAAGUGAACUCUUGAGUACUGCUUUGACCACCAAUAUCUUUGGUGCGAACUUUUCCAUCUUGAAGUACUUUCUCAACAGCAUUCCUGACCAUUUCACUGUACAUAGGUAAAUUCACAUGCCUGAGCAAUUUGGAAGCACAAAGAAGCAUAGCAGUUGGGUUGGCUACGUUUUUGCCCACAGCUUCUGAGAAAGUGUGUCUUGCAC